UUGUUUCAGGCUUUCAGCACGUUACAAAUGGCAGCGGGUAAUGCACGCCAACAACGCGACUCCGAGAGAGAGCUUACGCUCCUUCCCGCUAUAAAUACCUAUCGCUUCUUUUAGACCGCCAAAAUUCAAUUCAAUUCUAUUCGGAAGAAGUCCGUUGCAUCUUGCUCUCCAGUUUCUCUUACUCUGUCUCUCUUUCAAAGUGAAAUGCACCUCAACGUCGACUACUUCUCUCCGAGCGAAAACCUAGAACUCCCGACCUUCCUCCGCCUCCCAGUCCCUCACCUCCCUCCUCCCACUCUCUCCACCCUCCCUGAUCUCAUCCCCUUCCUCUCGCCCCUCGACUACUCACUUCGAAUCCACCAUUUUCCCAUCGACUCCGCUCUCUCUAAGUUCUCCUCCGCCGUUCUUCCUCAAAUUAUUGACGAUGCCAAUCUCGGAGACUUUGACGUCAAUGUUCCGUCUUGGAGUGGAAAAGCUUGCUUCGACGAGAAUUGGCUUGUGCAGCAAGAGAACGGUAUUUUCUCCACAGAGAGGGAAGUGGAUGGCCAAACAACUUUUGGAUAUGAAACUCUAGAGAGUGUAUUGGCAAAAAAGGCUAAUGGAAUUGCUGUUGAUGAUAAGGAUGCAAGCAGAUGUGAUGUUAUCCAAUUUGAAACACCAGAGUUGGAUGCAUUGUUGGAAAAUGUCUGUUUUUUUGAGGAAGAGGAUGUACAAAUUCUGUCUGGAGUUCCAGAAAUUGAAAAUUGUCUGGAAAUGCUUAGGCAAGAGUUAAGAAUGCAGGACCCUUGCGAAGUUCAAGGACUGAUUUAUUCAGUUGAAGAUUUUACGUCAAAAUACACCAUGGAGCAAAAGGCUUAUGUCUUGGAAGAUGAUCGUUCUGUUCAGGAUCAAAUAUGCUGUCGUCAAAGCCUUUUUCCUUCCCUUGAAGUUGAUGAGACAAGUUUAGGAACUUUGACAUGCUUGUCUAUAGAGGAAGAACUUCUUUCACUUCUUGAAAAUGCUGAACACCUAAGUUGGCUUCAGAAAGAUAACAUGGUCAACAAUGUUGAGGAACUUUUGGGGUCUAGGGCAUGUGAUAUAUCACAGUUUCUUCUAGCUCAUUGUCUAUCAAAGGAUUGCCCUGAUCAUGAGUUGGCAGCCAUGGAAAAUUUCCCUGAAAUGGACUUCAUAAGCAUGGUGGAACAUUCACAGAUUCAAGGAAACCCCUCAUGUAAAGGGAAAUCGCAACUUGACUGUUUAUUGGCAGUGACUCCUGUAAUUUUUCAGGAACUUCAGUUUCUUGAUGUGGACUCAUCUCAACUUUUUGGGGCUGUCUUUAACAGACAGACGGCAUAUGAACCAGAAAAGUGUGACUGGUUGUUCACGGAAGACAUGAACUUCAAAAAUUUCAAUGAAUUGAUUGUUAGUUAUGAGCUAGCUUUGGUUGAUAACACAUUCAAAUCAUUGCCUGUACCUCUUUUCUCUGAUGAUGAAAAGAUAAGGUCACUGUGCUCCAUUAUUGAGGAUAUACUAGCUGGCUUAGAACAACUGCCUCGAUCUGCAUCUGAUGAGAUAUACUUGGAUUGGCAUCUUUUGGAGGAAGAUAAAUGCAACUCUAGAAUUUAUUCUUCCUAUCAUAGUAUGUUGGAGGAUGUAGAUUCACCAACCUUUGAUUUUGAUUUGGGGUCUUUUGAUGAUGGGAAGUUAGUAUUUGAAAUUGUUUUCUCAGAUAAUGUUUUGAAUAGGCCAAAGAUAGAAGAAAAGAAGGAAUCGUUAAACUUACUUCAUCAUGGCAUAUCUGUGUCAACUGCUCAUGAUGUGGGAGAUAUUUCAAAAAAAUUGCUGGAUGAUGAAUGUCUGAAUCCUGGAAAUGGUGAACAAUUAGCCGAAAAGGAUGCUGAGAGAGCGUUUUUGUUAUUCAAGUCUAUGUCACAAUUCAAUGAUCUUGAUUUUUUCUUGAAUCCUCGGAAAGCUAGCGCUGGGGAAUAUAGUGACUCUGCUAUUAAGGCAGUUGUUGCUGAUGCUACAUUUUCUGAGGUUCCAUCCAGUAACUCAAGCACAGCAUGUGCAUCCACUGGAGUACAAUUGCAUCAUUGUGAUGUUGUGUCAUAUGGAGUUAAGCUGUCUGAUAUUAUUGUGGCCAUCGUAGACAACUUUGAAAAGAGCUAUCUAUCCAUCUUGCAGAAUGAAAGAGAGAUGAUAAAGACAUAUAUCCCAUUUCUAGCUGAAGAAAAUUUUAAAUUGCUCAGCCUUCCAAAACAAAAAUUGAUGGACUGCAUUAAGAAAAUAAACGCACAAGGAACCACCUCUCACAGAGAUGAAAAUAUUAAGGUAUUUUUUACCUUAUGUGCACUUAAACAGAUGGCUUGGUACGUGUGUUUUUAUGGAAUCCAUCCAACUCACCAAUACGUAGACAAGUUAUGCCAUAGUUUGGAAUUCUUGAGAUCGAGACUAGGCAACCUAUGGCCCUUGAUUGAAGAUGCAGGCAGGAAGGUUGAGAGAGAAAUAACUAGCUCACAUCCGUCCCUGACAUUUAUCCAGGAGAUUUUGCAUUCAAGCACUACCCAGGGUAAUUUGAAAGUGUUGAUUGUGGCUGAAGAAAUUUUCUGGUGGUCAUUGAGGAGUUUGUUGAUGUCAGUGGGAUUAUCAUUUAGUGAGUUUGAAAAUUAUUAUGCACAUGCAAAUCAAUCAGAUCUACUUAAAAAUGAUGAAGACUUCAUCAAUGCUAGAAUGGAUGCCUUGCUGGUUGCAGAUUGCCUAUUGGUAUCCCAUGAGCAUGUUUCUGCAUCGUUUCCCUUCAACAAAUUCGGCGUCAUCUUGGAAUAUGGUGGUUCGUGUGGCUCAUCUAGAAUAAACUGUCUUUCCCCAAAGUUGGUAGGGUUUCCUCGACUUCACUUCUUGAAAGUGGAACUGGAUAAAUCUAGUACUUCCAAAGCACUCUGUGAAGGUGUUGAUAUGCCCCGGAUUACAGAGAUGGCAACGUUAACUCUGCCCUACAUGACAAUGGAAGAGAGCGAGAAUAUGAACAUCCAAAAGCUAGAGAAACUGAUAAACUUUUUGCCCAUUGAAGGCAAGUUCACUAUGGGACCCUUGGGAGCUGCAGAUGAAGCAGAAGCUUGCUGUAUGCCUCUGCCAGUUCCUACAGUGCCAUUUGCUAUGGAAUCAGAGAAUGUUUCACAAAUCAUGGUACCUUCCCCUGAAAGAAUCAUUAUUGUGAACACACAAAACUUUGAUAAGCAAAUGAUAGUAUCUAGAAGAAGUACCUACCAAAGAAUUCUUGCAAUGGAGAACGAAGGAGCACAAGUUGUGGAACGAGAUUCAGAUUUGCCUGUGGAUGUUAUAAUCAGUUCUGCUAUUUGCCUAGUGUGGUAUGAUUGCAGAAACAUUGGAAAGAAAGCAGCUGCAUUAGAUGAGGCUUCUUCUUGCUUACCUUUGUGCAUUGAGAAUGUUGCAUCAAAUGUUUUAACAUUGCUGAGUUUUACUUUCAGUGGCUGCUUUCUGGUCUUCGAGGGAGAAAUCAGCUUCCUUUCCAACAUAAUGGAAUCAUCAGAUGGACUCUAUGCUGCAGCAGCGAGCCUGGGAAUUGAUUUACAGAUCUUUUGCUCCUAUUCAUCUGAGAUGACUGAUGAAAUUAUAUUGAGCUGCAUCAGUUAUGCCACUAAGUUGACCAAGGGCCUAUAUCCUAAAAUGCCUGAGUCAGAAACUCUUGCAGAGUCGUUUCUCACAAAAUUUCCUUCCAUUAAUCCUUUGAUGGCUCACGCUAUAUUGUCUUCAGGAGGCGUUCUCAUUGAAUUUCUUGAAUGGACACCUGAAUGCAGGACCCGUGCAAUCCAAAAAUAUAAUGUUUCUGAAGAGAGUCUCACAUUGUUUAGUGCUUUGUGCAAAUAUGGUGAGCGGGAGGAUUCUAAAUCAAUAAUGACAGACUGCUCCUCAGUAUCUUCUGGCCCUGACUCAGAAAAGUGUCAUUUUAAUAUUGGUUCUGGAAGAAGACGAAAACACAGCAGUAGCCCUCACAAAAUUGACUUACAUAUGGAUGCAUUAGUGAAUUUCGAGACAUUAUACAAAUUCCCCGAUGACGCCUUGGAUCCUUCUCCAUUGUCCAAGCCAAAUAAUAUGUGGAUGUCAAAAGAUCCUAAGAUAUUGGAUGAGUUCAGAAAACCUAGUACACUUCCGAAUGGGAUUUUUGGUCAAAAACAGGGAUUGGAUAUGGAUAUGUUGACAAAUCCCUCCAGUUUUCCCAAUCCAUGGGAUUCUCAGUUCUCUAAGAGUCCGCAGAUGCCAAAUGAAAUAAAAAAGCCCUAUUUCUCUUUGAGUGAUAUAAUGCCUGGUCAUAAUCAGGUAUCAGAUACAGCUAUGAUGAACAAUUUGGAUUGGCAUGGCAUGAGGAAAUCUGAGAAUCAGAGUGGGGACAUUAUUGGUGAAGUUAUUGACCUUACUGAUAGUCCCGUAUCAGGUCAGGAUUUUUCCUCUAUUGGUAGUUCCAUGAAAUUCUCACUUUCUGUGCCUGAGAUGGAUAAUUACUUGACAAGAAAGUCUAAAACUGCUAGAAAAUUGUCAUUUGGUAAAAGCAGUCACGCAACUUGCUCAGUGGCUGCUGAGGUUAACUCAAAUUCAGAUAUCUGGAGUUUUAAGAAAGUUCAGAGGCAAAAUUUCCCAGAAGUAGCCAAUGAUUACCAAGUGCUCUUAGAAGAGGGCUCAACAGAGAGAACUGCAGCAGAUUCAAUGGGGUUAGCAUUCCAAGAGAACAAGAUAUCAUCUUAUGGGGCAACACCGCUCUCAAAUGCUCUCAGUUCAACUCAUCCGCAACAGAAUUCACCCUGGACGAUAGAAUUUCUUAACAGAAUCAGGGAAAAAAGCAGAUUGCGUCAGCAGUCCCUUCCAUGUGACACAUCUUCUCCUUGUUUAGGGUAUUCGGGGAAUAUAUCAAAAGUUUCUAAGAGAAAAAGUCCCUCUAUUCUUGAAUUUUUCAAGUACCAAGGAAGCAGCAUGCCUAGACCUGAACAAAAGAGGCAGAAGAAAUCUGUUGAGUCAUCAAACUCAUCCAAAAAUAAAAAAGCUUCAUCAUCUGUUUUUCCCACACGGACCCCUUCUGACAAGAGAGCACGAAAGACGCUAUCUUUUGCAAUGAAUGGAAGUGGAAGCCAAAGUAAGCUGGUCUGGAGUGAUGGAACUCAUGGUCUGAGUAAAAAGUUUCGGAAUCAACUAUAACGAUGCCGAGGAAGUUUUUCAGCAACAUCAAUUAAUUUAAGAUCGUGACGAGAAAACUUCUGCUAGAGUGCAUCUGUUUUAGACAGACAUUGCAACAUGUUUCGAAGCAUAUAAAUAAAGGGCGUCUCAAUAGUAAGCUUCAAUAUCACAUCUGAUACGCUAACCGUGCCAUUAGUAGUAUGUUACAUCACAGUCUGAAGCACAUCUAAAGUUGGCCUCUUAAUGGUAAGUUCCAACAUCAAACUUGAUAGCCUAACUAUGCUACAAUAGAAUAUAUGGCCAAUAGUAUUGAACUGACUUCACUGAUGCAUUCUGGUUUAGGCUCAACGAUACCGAAAUGUCAAACCAGUUUCGGAUCUCAAAUUACUUCAAACUGGCAGAAAUAAGGACAAAAGUUGACAAUUUUAUGUAGAUGAUAGUUUCCAAAAUUUGUGCCUGUAGUUCCGUUACCACACAUUAUAUUUGGUAAAUUCCAUGUUCCUACCCUAAACUAUAAGGCCAGUUGCUUAUUAAAAAACUUUUUUUUUUUGAUAAGUAAUAUGAUAUUUCAUUGAUAAAAGGAUAGGCUUAGCCCAAGUACACUAGAGGUAUACAAAAGCAUACACCUUUUUAAGAACUAAUAACAGUUACAAGACAAUCAUGAAAACUAAGCCCAUUUAAAUCCAACCCAAUAGCCCACAUAAAUAGAGUCUUCCAAAAGAAACUCCUAAACUCUUCCAAGGAACGUUCAUGGUCCUCAAAGAGUCUUUCGUUACGUUCACUCCAAAUACACCAAAGAAUACAAAUAGGGGCCAUUUUCCAAACAGCUGCAAUCUGUGAUGUCCCAGUAAUACCUCUCCAGCAUGCCAGAAGAUCAACCACCCGGCCUGGCAUCACCCAUGCUAUUUCCAUCUUGCUGAAAAAGUAGUUCCACAUGUCUCUAGCAAACUCACAGUGUAAAAGUAGAUGAUCCACCGUUUCCCCACUCUUCUGACACAUACAACACCAGUCCGUGAUAACAAGGCCCCUUCUCCUCAGAUUAUCAUUAGUCAGUAUCUUGCCUAAGGCUGCUGUCCACACAAAAAAGGCAGCCUUUGUUGGUGCUUUAGUCCUCCAAAUGUUCUUCCAAGGGAAAGGAUGUCCUUGUUGCACAAUAAUAGAAUUAUAAAACGAGCGUACUGUGAAUUUUCCUUUCCUAGAAGGUCUCCAAAUCAUCACAUCUUCAGUUGUGGCAGCAACAGGAAUGUUAUACAGCAAGUUAAAAAAAUCCAUCAGCAUGUUCACUUCCCAGUCGUGUACCUCCCGAUUUAGGCUGAUAUUCCACUCUUGUGAACUUUGUAUAGUUACCCUCAAAUCAGCUACCAUGGCAUCUGGAUCCCUUGCAAUACUGUAAAUAGCGGGAUAAGCCUCCUGCAACACUGUGUCACCCACCCAACAAUCCUUCCAAAAGCGUAUCCUUCUUCCAUCCCCCAAGCUCAAUCGAGUAUUACUAGCAAAAGAAUCCCAUCCUUUCCGUAUGAACUUCCACAACCCCACUCCAUAGGACCCCCUUCCCUCUUUUGAACACCAACUCCCCAUUUCACGACCAUAUUUCAAAUCUAUCACCCCUUCCAUAAAGCUCCACUCUCAUUGUUAUAUCGCCAAAGCCAUUUUCCUAGUAAAGACCUAUUAAGAAUCCUCACAUUCCUAACCCCCAGUCCGCCAUCUCUCAAGGAAUUGCACACCUUAUCCCAACCCACUAAAUGAAACUUAAACUCCUCUCCUAUUCCACUCCAUAAAAAAUCACGUUGAAGUUUUUCCAUUCUACAUGCAAUGCUAGCAGGAAGAGGGAAUAGAGACAAAUAGUACGUGGAAAGAUUUGAGAAAGUGCUCUUAAUAAGAGUGAGCCGCCCCCCUUUGGAUAAAUAUAACCUUUUCCAACCAGCCAACCUACGCUCAAAUUUUUCCAAAACCCCAUCCCAAAUAGACUUAGCUUUGAAAGAAGCCCCCAAUGGGAGCCCAAGAUACUUCAUUGGCAAGGAAGAGACCACGCAUCCCAAUAUGUUAGCCAAUCUGUUCAUGUUACUUACAACCCUACUGCGACCAUUUCUGUCUUAUCAAGAUUAAUCUUCAAUCCAGAAAUAGCUUCAAAACAAAGUAGAAUGGCCUUCAAUGAUUGAAUAUGUCCAACAUUUGCCUCACACAACAGCAAGGUAUCAUCUGCAAAUAAAACGUGAGAAAUAAUAGUUUGGCUAUGUGAAUCUCCCACAGAGAAACCAGAGAAGAACCCUCCUCCUACAGCCGCCGUCACCAUUUUACUCAGAGCCUCCAUGACUACUACAAAUAAAAGUGGUGAUAAUGGAUCUCCUUGUCGUAGCCCUCGCGAACUGUUAAAGAAGCCCACUGGUUCUCCAUUUACCAAUACCGAGAAACAUGCCGUUGACACACAAUGCUUAUUAAAAAACUAUGAGGCCAGUUGCAAUGUUCCCCCUAUACUUUAAGUUCAAGUAAUCAAUGCUGCUCGGUAUGGGAUUAGUAGCAAUAUCCUCCUAUCUUUAAAGUUUCUCUAAUUUGUAUUUAUACAAAUGAUGGAUAAGUGCAAUUCACUUCUCUUUUUUUCCUUUUCCUUUUACUUGGAUGGUCUGUUUAUUGUCAAUAACCACACAUCUAAAACAUGAAGCUGAUGUUAAUUUUUGAGAAGCUCUUCAAAAUAGUAGUGAACAUGGUCGAUAUUUUUACUUUUGACAAGGCUACAAACCUUUAAGAGAUUUUUUUCAUGCUGUGUUUUCCUAUAAUGGGAUCUCUGUAUAAUUCUUCAUUUUAGAGUGUCAUAUGACUCUGAAUAUGGGAAUCACAUAGUUCCUUAAGCCCCCGAAUGUAGAAUUAAUUGGACAUAGAAAAGUAAAACCAUUAUAUUGAGAAAGCAUUUAUAGUUUCACAGUAUUGGGAUUCCAUGAGAAAUCCAAAUCUGCUCAACCAAACUCAGUAUCGAUAUUUAUAAGUGGUUAUAUGACGUGAAUCUGAAAUGGUAUUCCAAGACGCAUACCUGUUUUUGAAACUCUUGGUUCGCCCUUUAACCCUUAUUUAUGGCUGAUAGGGAUGCCAUUUGAUCCAAAAACCAACAGUUUUGUACGAGUAUGAAUUCAUUGACGGCAAUUAAUUCAGUAAUUUUGGUCAUCUUAUAACUUUUUAACAAAAGAAAUCAUAAACCAUGUCAAUAUUUGUUUCACUGUCAUUAUGAGCAAUAAAAACAUUUUACAGUGUCAAAUUCCAGAGAUUAGAUGGUGUCUCCUGCAACUAUUUUAUCCAGAUGAAUAUCAUAAAUGAGUAAGUAAAGGCUAUAUCAUGUAAGAAAUGUGUCGAUGAUAAUUGAAAAAAUACAUUCUUCUUGACCAGAUCUAUAGGAAUGCAGAUCCUGAUCCUUGAUCUGCUGCUGAGCAUAUCAGGACAAUGGUUGAUUUUCUAGUAAUCUUGUAUUGUCCCUAAACUUGAUGAGCAAGACACGCAUAGGAAAGUGUUACUUCACAAACUUUACAUUGUUUUCUUGACCACAGUUCAAUGAAGAUGAUGGUCACACCUGGUUUUGGUGCUCAAUUGUUUAACCAUAUCUUGCUGCUGCACUAAUGCGAGGCUCCAUGGUUCUUAUAUCCAGAAUGUUAUAGAAUGCUAAUUCUUCUUUCCAUUCUUGAGGUUUCGUACAGUCAUCACUAGUUGUUGCCUUUCACCUUCAACCUCUGCGAACUUGAGACUUAUCUCUGAAUAUCUCUCUUCCAUUUCUUUCAACUCUCUUUCCAUAUAUUUGUUCCUUUGCUUCAGCAAUGCCACUUCAGAUAACAAUUUGGUAUAAUUGUUGUUGUCCCCAGCAUAGAAACUGGAGACCUUCACCUCUUUCUCAGAGUGGAUAUCUCCUCCCCUGUUAAAAAAAUAAAAUAAAAGAGAGAAAUAAAAAAUAUAUACAAGAAAACAAUCAGUAACUCAACUUUGUCUCCUAUGACAAGCGCACCUAUGCGAAUAAAAUGUGACAGCUUGAAAGCUAAAUAUAUCCAUAACAGGGUACUUGUAAAGGUGCAACAGAUUGAAUUAAAAUUAUAUGAACCUAAGAUCCAAUGCUUGUACCUUUCAUGUGGUACCACAUUAUCUUCUUUCUGCAAUGACUUGUCUUCGAUAGCACCCAUUUUAGAAAGCAGUGGGUUUUCCAGGGCAUUUUCUCUUUCUUCAGACUGUCCAUUGCAGUUCAUGAGCUUUUUCUCCAUACCGGUCAUUUCUUCUUCCUUCUGUAGCUGAUAUUUAAUUUGAAAUAUUUGCCUCCUUAAGUUUUCCUUCUCCAAUUCUUCUUUGUCCAAGACAUGUUUUAACUCAUUAUGCCGAGCUCUAAGGUUUUCCACUUCUGACUGCAGAUCAUUACUCAUCGCUUCCUUCUCAUCUUUUAAGGACCUCAUAGCAAUAAACUCUUCAUGUAUUUUUUCUGUUUCCUUCCUUGCUGAAGCUAAUUUUUUCUCCAAAUCACCCCUUUCUUUGUUCCAUGUUUGCAUGAGCAUCUCCUUUUCACCAACAUAUGUCUUAAUUUGUUCCCUAUCCACCUGCUCAGAGAAGUUAUACUUUUCUUUUGUGAGCCUUUCUACCUCUGCUCUAAGCAUUUGGAUAUCCAUCAAGAAAGCCUCAUGGUCUUCCCUCUCAUGCUUUUGUGCAUAUUCGAGUUGCAUGGACUUUUGGUCUAGUUCCAAUGACAUCUCCUCUAUCUUAUUUUCAUCUAAAUGUAUUUGGUUCAAAAGCUGUUGCUGUUUUACUUCAUUCUGAUGUUUGAUUAGUCCAAGCUCUUCAUUGGCUUUUUCGAGCAGUUCUUCCAAAUUUAUUUUCUGCAGACGCAAUUCUCUAGCUUCUGUCAGUGCUUUUGUGGCUUGCUUCUCAUUCUCAUCAAGCUUAGAUGCCAUUUCCACUGAAAGCCUUCUAAACUCCUCCUGGAGACGCUCAGCCGUAGCAGCAUUGUUCCACCUGGUCUUCCUCAAGCCCUCCUCUGCUCGGAUGGCUCUCUGUUCCUGCUCAGUUUUGGCACAUGUCAUGUUAUUGAGAUUUUCUUCAAAUUCCUGUGCCUGCUUCUCCAGUUCUGUUUCUAAAUUCUGAACCUGGAUUUCAAGUUCAUUUAUGGAGACCAAAGAUUCUGAGAAUUCCUCUGUCUGCUUCUUGAAUUUUCCUUCUAAUCUCUCUAUCUGAGAUUCAAGUCCUUUUAUUGUUUCCAUAGCCGCCAAAUAUUCAUUUUGUAUCAUUUGUUCUUUUACCUGCUUCUUCUCCAACUUCAAUGAGAUAUCAUGGUUUUCCUGCUUCAAAAGCUCAUAGUCCAAGACUAGCUGUUUCAUAUGCAUAUCUAGAUCUUCCUUGUGUUUCUUGUAGAAUUCUAUUUCCCCAUUCAGGUCUCUGAUAUUCUGCUUCAACAAAUCUACUUCCUCCGAAUUAUCAUGCUCUUUAGCCAAUUCUUCGAGUGUUGAAUUUUUAUCCCCAUUCAUUUUGGAGCUGGAAAGAUCCCUUAUUUCCCUAUUUUUUCUCUCCAGCAUUUCUUCAAGAUCUCUCACUGCAUGAAUUAAAUCGGCAUUUGAGUCUUGUGUCUUCUGCAGCUGUAACUGAAGAUCCUUAUUUAUAUUCUUUUCAUAAUUAAGCUCUUGCCUCAUUGCUUCUAAUUGAACUCUUGCACCUGUAAUCUCAGACUGCAACGUUUUCAGAGCUUCUGCCUCGUUAUUACGUUUAUGCAGUGACUUGAGCUGUUCACAUUCUAUUUUGAGUGCAUCUUUCUCCUCUUUGAGGCUAAAAAUAUUUCUCGAUAGGGUGUCUCCUGCUUGUUUCCUCUCUUUCACAAUUUGUCUCCGAAGUGACUCUAGUUCCAUUUCUGAUACUUCUGCUUGCCUCAUCAGAGCAGCAAUUUCAUUUUUGAACUUUUUGAUGGCAUCAUCUGAUGCCUCUUGCAACCUUUCUCCUGGAAGGUUGUCCUCGGGGCUGUUUAUUGAGUCAACUAAACUUCCGUAUGAAGCUGAAUCCAUUGAGCAAUCCGUGUUUGACCUCCGAUGCACAUGAUUUUUUGUGAUUAUGGAAUCAAGAAUUCCCUUCUGAGGCAUGGAAUUCCGUCUGAUAUGUGUCCGCAAGCUGGUAGGUUCAUGAUGAAUGCUAUUACUCCUCAAUCCAGGAUCUUGUUGAGUACUUUGUAUAGAGCUGGUAUCCCAGUAUGAUGCUAAUGUGGCACUAGAACCAGUAGAUGCUCUGGAGAUGCCAUUUUGUUCAGAUAUUUGAGACAUGGUUCCAUUCCGAUGCCAAUCCUGUACAGCAAUCAACAAAGAAUUCUACAAUGACUCUUCAAAGGAUGCCAUAUAUUUCUACUAUUUUGAUAUUGUGCCAUUUUAAGCUUAUUGAAAUUGUUGUUCUGCUCCUGAACUUGCUAUAGGAAAAUAUUAACAGGUACAUGACCCGAGACCUUACUUUAGCAAAAUUGUUCAAGUUCUCAUCCGUACUGCAAUUCCCUGGUUGGUUCUUCAGGUCUUCGUCAUGGGAAAGCGAUGGAGCUUCACCGUCUCUGUGUUCAAAAUCUUAAUCAUGUAAUUUGACUUUUUUAACAGAGAACAAAAGAAGAGAAGAAAAAAGCAAGCUUCCACUUACUUUUGAUCAGUAGCUUCCUCCAUCUUCUGAAUUGUCACCUGUCUCAAUAAUUAUUUCAAAUAUCAGGAAUCACAGAAGAAACUAGAAUCCAAUGAAGAUGCAGUUCUAAUAAUUUUUUAUUGUGUUUGUAAGUUACGUGUAGGACGGCGCCAGAGUUGGCAAACUUGAGGGGCAGAGAAACCGUGGAUGGCUUGGCUUCUGCGGCAAAAUCUGUAAAAUCAAAUGAAGCUUCUCCGAGAUAACCAGAUUUCGAUGAUCCCUGCAAGAACACAUCAACUUGCCAUGAAAACCCACUCUGAAAGUAGAAUCAAAACUGAGAAGCGGCGACAAUGCCAUACAGUUGAAACAAUGAAAUGGUUCCAUCCUGAACUGCAGCUCUCUCUAGUCUCACCGUUGGCUUUCCAACAUCCUCCGGCACCAAAGAUAUCAUCAAUGUAGAUUUUUUCAGCUUUGGCACCUGAAAAAAUGGAGAUGCAAGAACCAGAUUUCAGGAAAGAUAGUUUGGUCCUCUACUAAGCUCAAUUCAAGAAUAUUCUGAAAGCAAAGGAGGUGUGGUACAGUUAAAACCUUGUAAUUUUCCAGCUUAAAACACUAAAAAGAUUCUGGUAAAGGGUCUGCAAGUGAGAAGUUGAAGAUUGUGUAGAUAAAGAAUUGAUGCCAACGUUACAGUACAUAGUAGAAGAAGCUUCUCGUUAAUAUUUUAAUCAAACCAUACAUUGUAUUUGUACGGGGACAUGAGUGAAUCACAUCAUGGUUUACUUUUGGCUCGCAUAAAAGCACGAGGCUUUAUGGUGUAAAUGACAUAGAUGACCCUGUACUUCAGUACUGUCUGCUGUGGCUCGUCAUCCUCACUUAUUAGGGAGCCAUCUUUUAGGUUGGGGUUUCAAUGCGGCCUUUACGGUUUUGGCUUGCUGCUACUUCCAUUUAAUAAUUUUAAUGUAUUCCGAUCACAUGAAGAUCGUGAAUAAUUAAUGAUUCUAAAAUUCUACAUAUAAAGUUGAAAGAACA